AUGCGAAAACAGUCGGUCUCGCUGCCGACGAAACACGUUGUUCACGACCCUCACGAGAAGCCUGAUCGAUACGGAAACGGUCGCCCCCAAGGUGUAUUUGCGAGGAUGAAGGAACAGUGGAUGUCGCAGUCGCAAAAGACGCGGUGGGUCAAGACGACCGCCAUCGUCCUGUCCGUCUGCUUGUUGUUUUACUGGCUGUCGCCGCGAGGCGUUGAUGUCUACAAUGAGGUCUCUCACAAGUCUGGCAACAGUGGCAGCGCCAACAAGUCCAAUAAUGGCCAGGUCCCUGCCGAUUCGUCCUACGGAACCGCUCGAUGCACCAAAUCGUACUCCAAGGAUAAGCCCAUUGUUCAAUACGUCCUCAUGAUUGAUGCUGGCAGUACCGGAUCCCGCAUUCACGUCUACAAGUUCAACAACUGUGGUCCCGUCCCCGAACUCGAGCACGAAGAAUUCAAAAUGACGGAGAAGUCGGUCGGCGGCCUCAGCAAGUACGCAGACGACCCUGUUGCCGCUGCCAAGACUCUGGAUCCCCUGCUGGCCGUCGCCAUGGAAAAUGUUCCCGAGAAGCUCAAGCGAUGCAGCCCCGUCGCCGUCAAGGCCACGGCCGGAUUGCGCAAGGUUGGCCCGCAAAAGUCGGACGCCAUCCUCAAGCAGGUCCGCGAGCAUCUCGAGAAGGACUAUCCCUUCCCCGUUGUCUCUGACGAAAAAGGCGGCGUUGCCGUCAUGGAUGGCGCCGACGAAGGUGUCUACGCCUGGAUCACGACCAACUAUCUUCUCGGCAAGAUUGGCGGCCCCGACAAGACGGAGACGGCUGCUGUUUUCGACCUGGGUGGUGGCUCGACUCAGAUUGUCUUCCAGCCGACCUUUAAGGCGGCCAAGGCUGGAGGCAUGCCCGAGAAGCUAUCCGAAGGCGAGCACAAGUUCUCUCUUGACUUUGGUGGUCAGAAGUUCGACCUCUACCAGCACUCUCACCUGGGCUAUGGCCUGAUGGAAGCCCGCAAUGCCAUUCACCGACUUCUCGUCAACGAUAUGAAGAAGUCCAAGUCGGACGAUACCACCUGGCAAACCAAGCCCAUUGUUCACCCUUGCAUCACACCCGGCCGCACCCGUGAAAUUGAAGUCGAAUUCGACAAGGACACCAAGAAGACGUACAACUUCACCGGCCCCGCUGAACCUUCUGCUUCGCAUGCUUCUCAAUGCCGCAGUCUCGCCGAGCGAAUCCUCGAAAAGGACAAGGAAUGCAAGCUUGCUCCCUGCUCAUUCAACGGUGUUCACCAGCCCUCACUUGCAAAGACGUUUGCCAAGGAAGACGUCUACAUCUUUUCCUACUUUUACGACCGCACUCAACCCCUCGGUAUGCCCGAUUCCUUCACCAUUCGCGAGCUGCACGACCUGGCGCAGACCGUCUGCAAGGGUCAACCUGGAUGGGGCACUUUUGACAGCAUUCCCGGUGCGCUCGAGGAGCUUAAGGGCCGCGAGCAGUACUGCCUGGAUUUGAACUUUAUGACGGUGCUGUUACACCACGGAUAUGACAUGCCCAUCGACCGAGAGGUCAAGAUUGCCAAGAAGAUUAAGGGCAAUGAGCUGGGAUGGUGCCUGGGUGCUAGUUUGCCUCUUUUGGAGUCCGGGUCCGGAUGGUCAUGCAAGAUUAAGCAAGUCUCGUAG